UUCAUCAGUUCCUUGAGUUUUCCGAACAACCGAAUAUCCAAAAUGAAGGCCAUCGCAGUUGUUGCCCUCCUCGUCCUUGUUGCCUGUGCCCAUGCCAAGGUUUACACCCGUUGUGAAAUGGCACGUCUCCUCUACAACAACCAUGGUGUUAAGAAUCUAACCACCCUCGCCAACUGGGUUUGUUUGAUUGAACACGAAUCAUCCUUCAACGAUCAAGCCGUCGGUGCCCUCAACUCCAACGGAACCCGUGACUAUGGUCUCUUCCAAAUCAACAACAAAUAUUGGUGUCAAGGAAACGUCGCUUCCAGCAACAGCUGCAAAAUCGCCUGUACCUCCCUCCUCGGAAACUUUAAUGCUUCCUGGAACUGUGCCCAACUCGUCUACAAACAACAAGGAUUCAAGGCCUGGUACGGAUGGCUCAACCAUUGCAAUGGAACUGCUCCAAGUGUUGCUAGCUGCAUCUAAACUUUUCUUGGAAAGAAUCAAUAAAGAUAUUUCAUGAAGGAUAAA